UUCGAAAUGCAAUUGUAUUGGGUGUUUUCUCUCGUCGGUCUCCUCGGAUAUACGGCCCUCGGGGUCAGUGCGCAGGAGGCCUCGGAAUUCGGUGACGAUGCAAGUGGUGGUCAAACGAAACAGCAGGCUCAGGACGAAGAGCGCUAUCCGACGACAACUGAAGUUCAGAGCACAACCCGGGAUCUCUUGGACGAUCUUGAGCCGAUUUUCAAAGACAUACAGAGAAAGGUCUAUCCUGCAGUCAGUGAGCUACUCGCGGAUGAGAACAUUUCCAGCGAAUGCACGACGUCCAUCUUGGCCACGCUCAACGGCGUCAGGAACCAGAAGAAAUGGGCCCUCAUGAUUGCAACUGCCAGCGGAACAAUACCGCAGAACUUGUUUCUCGGAGCCCAAGGCUCUCACGGAUCCUACGAUCAAUGCCUGGCGGCAAAGAGGACAAACCACAACGGCGAGAUAGACUUAAGAGGUCAAUAUUGUACGCUGUUGCUGUAUCCAACGCAGAAAAUGUUUGAAAGUCUCAAGGAAUUCAUGAAGGACGAUCCAUUCUUCAAGCAAACGUUCAACAAAAUGGCCGAAUGGCCGAGAGAAUACUUCGGCAUAGCGACCGGCAUCAAGAUUGGAGUGUGCACGCCUGAUCAUUGCUCGGACGAUGACCUCAACUAUGCAAUCGACAAAUUGUUCAAUAGAGUUUACGGGAUCGAGACGAGAUUCGUAUCCUGCCGGAUAAGAGAAGCGAAGGUCCCGACCACAUUCCAGCGAAUCGUGAUUGCCUCCGGUUUCGUGUUGCUGGCCCUGGUUUUAUUGGGCACGGCCACCGAUUUCUACCUGAAUCGCGUACGAGAUGAACCUCAAUAUAUCAGCCCAUGGCUCAUCAUAACAUUCGUGAUGAUGUACUCCGCACGCCGAAACGUCCGUCGUCUCUUCACACCGUAUACGCCUCAGACGAAAGAACUCGGAUUUUUGAACGGUAUCAAAGUUUUGUUGUCGUGUUGGGUCGUUUACGGCCACAAUGCUAUCUUCGUCAGCCCCGACAUCCUCCUUAACAUCACGGACUACGUGGAACUAUUGAAGAAUGUUCCCUUCCAAAUCAUUACCAACAGCUUCAUGGCGGUUUCGAGCUUCUUCUUCAUCAGUGGUUUCCUGCUGGCGUAUCUUUGUUUCAAGGAGAAAAAACGAAUCGUCAAGCAAAAUCCCGCGCUCCUGAUUUCCAUCAUGUUUGUCCGUCGGUACUUCCGACUCGUGAUACCUCUACUGGUGGUCGUAUGCUACUCGUUGCUCAUGGAUUUGUGGGCGGAUGGUCCCAACGACCGGGAUUCCAUUUUCAAUCUAUACGCUCGAAGCUGUCCGAGAAACUGGUGGUCGAUUCCAACCUUGACAUCGAACUACAUGGGUGCCGACAACAUGUGCCUGGGCCAUAGCUGGUAUGUCGCAGUCGACAUGCAGGUGUUCGUGCUGGCCGCGAUUCUAGUCAUGCUAAUAUUGUUCCAUCCGAGAGCCGGGAUUUUCCUCACGACGGCUCUGAUAUUGAUAACCUCCGCUUGGGUAGCCCUGUCAACGUACCUCUAUGGAUACAGUCCGAUUAUAAGUUUCACCGGCAGUCUUCCAGAGGUGCUCGCGGCGACGUUUGACUACGUGUAUGCUCAACCCGUUACACAUGCCGGUUGUUAUUUACUUGGGAUUCUCUGCGCAUAUGUGUGCUUCUACAAAGGGACCAAACUGGAAUGGUAUACGCAAACGGCGAUGUGGAUCCUGGCUCAUGGUUGCUCAUCCUACGUGGUAUUCGUGACUGUCUUCUGGUAUCGCCAUGGAAUGCCGGGGCCUCUGGGGGGCUCCUUGUACGCUGGAUUCCACCGAGUCACUUUCACUCUCGGACUCUUCUGGCUCAUAUACGCUUGUUUACAUGGAAUGGCUCCAUACACGAGACGUAUCUUGGAACAUUCAGCUUUUCGAGCUCUCGGAAGAUUGGCCUUCGGAAUCUAUCUUGUGCAUUUCGCUGUCGUUUUCAUGCAUCAGGGCCUUCUGAAAAAUCAGGCUUUCUACCCGGACCAGUUUCUACUUUUGCAAUCAACCUUGGGGAUUCUAGGAAUCAGUGUCGGCUUAGCUUUCCUUAUGAACAUCGCCGUGGAAUCCCCAGUCGCUCACAUGGACAAUUUCCUAUUCAAGAAGGUCAUGGGGAAACUGAUCGGAGAGCCCCAGAACGCCAAAGAGGCUGAAAUGAUCGGACGCAAAGCGGAGGUCGCGCUGACUCUGGAGCAACACUAUGAUCACUGGCGGAGGACCUCUUCGAAAAAAGAUCGGGAUUGCAACGGCUUGAGCGACCGGAACGGGACCAUCAUCGACAUAAAAGAACAGCUGCCGACGAAAGUCUUAUCCGACAAAACGAGACUCUAAAUCUAGUCUUCACAGCCAAUGCCACCUGGGAAGCCGAAGCAACGAGCGUCGCGCUCUCCAGGACUCCCUCAUCGUUGUCAUCAAGGAUAUGACCAUCUUUUAGAGCAUUCCUAUGUAAAAAAACAUCUACCUAGGCGAAAGUGUAAGAUAAAAAAAACGCG